AGCCCAAAGCUCGCCAACAUUGUCGACCAGAUCUCGACCCUCACCCUCCUCGAGGCCGCUGACCUCGUCGACGCCCUCAAGUCCCGCCUCAACAUUGUCGACGUCGCCCUCCCCGCCGCGUCGGCCGCGCCCGCCGCCGCCGCGCCCGCAGCAGCAGCCGCCGACGAGCCCGCCGCCCCCAAGGAGAAGACCGUCUUCAACGUCAACCUGACCAAGAUUGACGCCGCCCAGAAGGCAAAGGCCAUCCGCGAGGUCAAGGCCCUCAUGCCCGGCAUGAACCUCGUCGAGGCCAAGAAGUUUGUCGAGUCGCUCCCCAAGACGCUCAAGGAGGGCGCGACCAAGGACGAGGCCGAGAAGCUCCAGGGCCUCUUCAAGGCCAUCGGCGCCGAGGUCGCCCUCGACUGA